AUGAUUGUAUUAAACAAUGCGAAAUACAAAAAAAUCAAAAAACUGGCUGAAGAUAAAAUCUCACAAUGGGGAUUUUGGGGUAAUGUAGCGGAGCCAAUUCGUUGGAGCUGUCCAGAUUCACAGCUUGCAGAUACCGAACGUAACAAGCGCUUGAUUCAUAGACAUAGAAAUAAGUUAUCUAGUGGUCAAGUGCCAAACAAGGAUGAAGAAAUGCCUCAGAGCAGUAUGCGAAAAAUAGUUUGGUUUGCACCUAUUUCAACUCGACUAGGAGGUAGCGAUAAUAGGAAUAUGCUAAGCAAACGAAUAUAUCAAGUUGGAGUACCUUGUUCUAAAUGUGCGCUUUAUCCGUGUUCAACAUGCGAAGAUAACCUUUGCACUGGCGGUGGAGCACGUGAUGAAAUAUUUAAUUAA